UUGAAAAGUUGUUUUCUCCAACAGCAAAACAGAAGGUGCAAAAAUUGAUUGCAGUGGAGAAAAUUUUUACUUUUUGGAUGUUUUAGGAGAAAAUCAGUUUAUAAUCGUGUCUAAAAUAGAUGUCCCGUGGUCGGAAGUGUCGAGAGUAAGUGUUUUUGUUAGAAUGAAGCUGGAAUUAGCUCGUGAAAAGGCCGUAACAAGUUUGUCCUGAAAACUGGGAGGGGAUCGCAAAAACAAGUGAGUGAAAGAAAGGAAAAUCUCGGCGAUCGAUUCCAGCAGCUGGCAGGAUAAAUCGAAGGCGGUGGCAUCAUCAUCGCCGUUUGUCGUCAUUUAGCUCGCUAGUCGAGCGAAUCGAUUUUAGCGCAGAAAUUAUUAUUGCAUCAAAAUUACACAACUAAACGAAGCACAAAUUGCCAUCAUACACACGAAACAAUGGAGGUUUUCCAAACCGAGACUUACUACAUCUUUGUGCGCAAGGAGAAAAGCUUGUGGUGGAACCGAACGACGUCGGAAUUCCAGAUCAAAUGCGGCUGGGAUCUCUCAUCGGUGGACGACAUCGAGUGCAUCGGGAUAACGCACGGAAUCGUCGGUACGAUUGCACUGCAGGGCGUUCUCGAGCCCCAUCUUAUUAUCAUCAAAGAGGCUAUUCCGGUGGGCGUUUUGUACGCGCCCCAUUUGGUAUACAAGAUCAAGAGCAUUUGCAUUCUCGGCCCGGAUGAGCCUGAUACCGUAAUACUUCCCUGUUCAAAGCACAAUACUACGACUACCGUAAAAACAAUUCCCAGCAUUGGAUCCGCUUCCGCUCAGGCGGGUUCGCCAGGGACAUCUUCUGGCCAAAGCACAUCGUCUCCCCGAAGCCGGCUGUUUGAGAGUUCGGCACUGGUCAACAAGACCUGGGGAGCGGUCAAGAGUGCGGGCAGCACAAUCAAGAACACCACGGAAAAGGCGGCCGCGAUCGCUUCCAACCAGGUCAAAACCACCGUCGGAAUGGUCGUGAAGGAUCCGGUCCGGGUGGAGAAACGCGUCAUGGAAGAGUUACAUCGAAUUUUUGACGAAAGUGAUAGCUUUUACUAUAGCUUAGACUGUGAUAUUACCAACAAUCUCCAGCGUCUCGGGGAGGCCCCGGACGAUCGGUUCUACUGGAACCGGAACAUGGUGAAGGAUAUUGCCAAGCUCAACGACGAAAAGUGGGUGCUGCCGGUUAUUCAAGGCUUCGUCCAGGUCGAACAGUGCGUAAUAGGCGAAUGCUUCACGUUGGCACUGGUUUCGCGCAGGUCGCGCUUCCGUGCCGGAACCCGGUACAAGCGCCGUGGCGUCGACGAGGACGGCUACUGUGCCAACUAUGUCGAAACGGAGCAGGUUCUCUCGCUUCGACAGCAUCAGAUCUCGUUCACGCAGGUGCGUGGCUCGGUUCCGAUCUACUGGAGCCAGCCUGGAUACAAGUACAGACCUCCGCCGAGGUUGGACCGGGAUGAGAACGAAACUCAUUUGGCUUUUGAGAAGCACUUUAAUCGUGAAAUUGAAACUUAUCACUCGGUUUGUAUUAUAAAUUUGGUGGAGCAAGGUGGCAAGGAGAAAAUUAUCGGCGAUACUUAUGCCAGCCACGUUGUGCGAUACAACUCGGACAAGCUAACCUACGUAACGUUCGAUUUCCACGAAUAUUGCCGUGGCAUGCGUUUUGAAAACGUGUCGUCGCUUAUCGAAGCAUUAGCCCCUGAGGCCGGUUCGAUGGGUUUCCAUUGGCGGGAUAACAACGGUCCCAUUUGCAACCAAAAGGCGGUGUUUCGCGUAAACUGUAUGGACUGUCUGGACCGUACAAAUGUGGUCCAAACUGCAAUAGGGAAGGCCGUCCUGGAAUCGCAGCUGGUUAAGCUUGGGUUGGCGCCGCCGUACUCGCAGCUGCCGGAGCAGUUGAAGGUUCCGUUUAUGAUCGUUUGGGCCAACAACGGGGACGUUAUUAGCAGGCAGUACGCGGGGACUAAUGCACUGAAGGGCGAUUACACACGAACCGGUGAGAGGAAAAUCAGUGGAAUCAUGAAGGACGGCAUGAACUCUGCGAACCGCUACUUUAUCCAACACUUUGCCGACUCGUUCCGCCAGAGCUGUAUAGACCUGAUGCUCGGCAAUUUGUCCCCAUUCGAGCCAAUAAUGGAGGACGACGUGUGCGAAGCGCUGGUGGGUGUAGCAGCGACCGCGUUGGUUCCGGCCCGGGUCCCCCUGGGGUACUAUAACCAUGGUCUCAUGGGCGCGGAACACGUUCUGCUGGAAGAACUCCUCUGUAGUACCAGUUACUAUCUGGCCCGGUUCAAAGACACCUACCGGCAGGCCACGAUCGACAUGAUGUUGGGGAAUUCCGUAUCGGCGGAAUCGGUAAAUGCGCUAGGAGGACAGGCCGGAGCGGUUGACGAAACGGAUGCUUUGGAGGGAGCUGAACAUGCCCGACUGCUGGUCGAGGACUGCCGGCGUUUGUUGUUAGGCACGGCCGAAUUGCCGGUCGGUGCCUGGGGCCUCAUCGAUGCUGAUCCGAGCACCGGCGACCCGAACGAAACGGAGGUGGAUACCAUUCUGAUCCUAUCGGACGAUUCGUAUAUCGUGGCGGAGUACGACUCGCAUCUAGAUAAGAUUGUCCGCUUCGAGAACGUGUCGUUGGACAACAUUACGCUGAUCGAGCUGGGACUGUUUCAGCACAGCAAAAUGUUCCAGGGACCGGCACCGGCUUAUCUCUGCAUACGGCUCAACUACACCGUGGACGGAGUGGAUGGAUACUUUCACAUGUUUCGAUCACCCAAUAUCCGGUUUUUCAACAACGUUGCUGUGGUGAUCAGGAAGACGGAGGAAAUUACCGAAUCGUUGGCGGCGAUCGUGGAUCUGUUUCGGAUUGCGUUGGAAAGUCGGGGACGGAGCAACGUUCCGUUGCUUUGUGGAGGAAGCCUGCAGCGUCGGAAGAGUCGCACUUUGCUCUCGGUUCCGCAGGGUAUCCCGAGGAAUCUCUCCGAGUCGCAGUUGGUUCAGAUCGGGUCUAAGGCACUAAGUAACGUGGCAGGACAGUUCUCCAAGAUUGGACAGAGUUUGAAUCCGGCAAAGAUUGGUCGUGGAACUGCCGGGAAGAAGGAGAAGGAUGCAACGGCCGUCCCAAGUGUAAGCACGGCUGCGGUCUCCGAUGGAAUCGGUCACGGUAAAUUCACCGUUGGAUCGCGCAGUUCUAGCCUGCAAAAGGCCGAAGGUUCAAGCUCAGAAUCUGAGGAAGCCGAACCGGGAAUGUACGAUCCGGCAGAUUUGGUGCAGGAGAAUCCACUGUACAACGAAAAUGUUUUCCUACCGUCAGUGGGCAUCGUCAUGGGUGGUUCCGGGAACAGUGGAACCGACGGCAGCUCGACAUCUAUGCUUGUUGAAAGGGACAGUUUUGCGAAAAUGUCUUCAGACGUUUCGACAAUGUCCAUUUCGUCGGUCACGGAUCACAUUAAUAUGCCAGCCGGAAUGCUCGAGUGCGCUUCGCCAAUCCGUGGCCGCAGCCCAACUCCGGAGAUACGGGUUGAUCAGAGCACCGCAGAGGUUAUGGACAAACCGAUAUCGGAUGGGAAAGCUGGAAGGGAUCUGUCAUUGAACUUGACUGGAAAUCAAGGCGAUAACGCUCUGAAACAGCUAAAGAGACUCACAAGUCCUCUUUCAAACAUUGGCAAAGGGUUGCAAAGCUUGGGUGCUAAUCUCGACCCCCGUAAAAUGGCAGUAAAGACUCCAGUACUUCCGGCGCGUAGUAUGGAAACACCAACGGCGGAAAUUAAGCGGCUAGAGGAGAAGUGGGACAACGCCAAAUGUCGCAGCAAGCUUAUCGCGUUGUAAGCGAGCCUAAGAUCCGGCUUUUAAUUGUUAAAAACACAAAUACACACACACAGGUAUUAUAUGCUAUGCGCGUACGUUACAACCCCAGCAAACGAGUAAAAGAAUAAACAAAAAAAAAAAAAGCUUUCUGUGGAUGGCUACUCGAUAAUUAGCGAAAAUCGAAUAUUGAAAUAGGCUGUUACAAACAAUUUUUGCGAAGUUUGCUUCCGUUUAUAGUUAGUAGAUUUGUCGACAUAAUUUCUGGCGCAACGCGAUUAGUCGUUUAGAAUAAGUGUAUAAGAGGCUUGAGUGGUGUGCAGAACUGCGUUAAACACCAACACUGAGUCCUUCAACAGUUUGCUUCCGUUCGUUGUAUGCAGUAUUAAGCUUACUUAAUCGGCACUGGCUUAUUUGUGUUUCACCAAAGAUAUUUACUACCAUAUUUACUACUCGUAUUGUGAGCAUAAAAAGUGUAUCCUUUGAAAGUGACCAUUUGGACCAUUCCUGUUAGUGUGUAAUCCAUUUGAAAAUCGUGCUUCGACGAUCUAUUUUUAGCAUUCAUCUCAACUAUUCAUGAUAACAAAAACCUUUAAAAAGCAGUGGUUUUAGCCCGAAGCAAACCUAGAGAUGUUGCGAGAGUUUUCUACUAAAUUUAUAAAAUUGCUCGCACCUGUCUAAGCUAGCGCAGGGACAGAAUAGUUACCAAGGUCAAUUAUAUUAAAACACACACACACACAUUAUACAAUACAAGAGAAUAGCAUUACAAAGAGCAAAACAACAAUAACUCAUUUGUUAGAAGUGAUUGUAUUAAUCUCAUUUUACACAGUUAGUGGUAACAGAAAACCAGCUUCGUUAGAAAAUAGGCGCAGAGUAGCAUGCCAGAGAGAAAGAGAGCUUAGGAGACAUCGUAAACCCUGUCCUCCAGCAGUUGAGAAAACGAAAAUCGUUUGUUGUAGGAUAUUAUCAAGGCUUCUUGUUCGCGUUCAAUGUAAGAUAAUCUGUCAACGUUAUUUCUGUAAACUCAUUUUUUCUCUAAGAAUAGUUUGUUCAUUGUCUUUGUUGCUUACUGUUUGAAACAGUUAAGUUUUAUUCGUUUUUUCCGCAAGAUAAAAUAUAAUUGAACACUCAUUCGACUGAUUAAAAAGUUCUGUUUGUUUGCUUAAAAAGUAAAAGCCAUGAAUUCACCUGCUAUCAAUAUCUUGAGAAGCCUUUGCCUUUGCUCUUUGGUUUACGAUACUAGAAAAAUAUCUUACGUAAUAUGUUUAUAAAAGAGAGAAUUAUUUUCAAAGCAAACUAUAAAAAAUAUAUCUUUAUUGGAAUCUACAGUAUGGUAUGACGCGUCAGCAAAAGCAAUAUCCAAAUCGUAGCAAAAAGAAAA